AUGCCACACAUAAUUCUGUUGAAUGCCACAACAAAUGUCCAAACUAUUCUUUACAAAUAAUUUUGUUCUCUCGUGAAUCCUGAAUUCCUUAUUUGGUAUAUAGAGGGAAAGGGCACAUGAUCAAUUAGGUUAUUUAUUUGAUGUAUUCUCUUAACGUGCUAUUUUUAAACAGUCUUACCAUAGAUUUUUGUUCAUUAUUUUAAUAUCUAUAUAACCUUUCAUAUUACAAUUCUCAUUUUUAGCUCCUAUGAUUUUAUAUUUUAACCUUUUUCCAUUGUUUCCUUUGUGGGAGCCCUCUGCCCCGGUGGUGGUGGUUGGCUGUGGCGGCCUGGGUGCUUUACAGGUGUGCCUGGGUGGAGGUGGGGUCUCCGCCCUGGCGCCCUGUGUCGGUGCCUCGGCUACUGCUGUUGGGGCGGAAGGCUCCCCUGAUGACGUUUCCGUAUCCUUAGCAAGUUUGGCUCAUCUGAUCUCAGCCCAUCAUGUUUUUUCCAUUGGGGGGGGGGGUUAAUUUGUUAAGCACUUUGAGUUGCUUGUAUUGCAGGAUUUAAGUGCUAUAUAAAUUAAGUUUGAUUGUAUCACCUGGGAACCCUUUAGAAGAACAACUUUCCCAUGAGCCUCUUGGGCCAGUCAUCUGCAGGUAAUAGGAUUAUCUGUUCUCAGGGCAGGAAAGUGAACCAUCGACUGUUCACCACCCUGAAUGCAGUUUCUGUAAAACCAUUGAUUGACAUUUUUGGGUUAUAUUUGUGUGCAUAGAGGUGAUUCAUUACCUGCUGCUACACCUGUUUAUUCUUGGCACCUCUAUGUUGCUCCUGAAGGAUUUUCAUUUGGAUGCAGGGACAAGCAGCCACAGCCUGAACAUCAUACAGGACAGAGGAGACGAUGAACGUAAGUCGAGUCAAUUAGUUGUCAUUCCGAACUCUUAUCGAAAGAUUCACAAGAAGUAAAGUGAUGUACAGUUGAUAAAAUGAGCGCAAUAUGACAUGUUAAGCAUAAAAGAAUAACUAAAACAAGACAGUAGGGUGAAAAUAAAAGAAAGUGUAAAAAAAGUUGUAUAAUAUGUAUAUUUAUACACUCUGCUAAAAAAUAAAGGGAACACUUCACAUUCUGUUGUGCAAAUGGAAUUGACAAAGAGUGGUGCUGCAGGUGGUGACCACAGACCACUUCUCAGUUCCUCUGCUUUCUGGCUCAAGUUUUGGUCAUUUUGAACGAUGGUGGUUAUCUUCACUCCAGUGGUACCAGGACACCUCACAGUCGCAUAAGUGGGACAGGUAGUGCAGCUCAUCCAGGAUGGCACAUCAGUGAGCUGUGGCAAGAAGGUUUUCUGUGUCUGGGUAGUGUCCAGAGCAUGGAGGAGCUACCAGAAUACAGACCAGUAUAUCAGGAGAUGUGAAGGAGGCCAUAGGAGGGCAACAACCCAGCAGCAGGACUGCUACCUCUGCCUUUGUUCAAGGAGGAGGAGGAGGAUUACUACCAGAGCUCUGCAAAAAGACCUCCAGUGGGCCACAAAUGUGCAUGUGUUUGCUCAAAUGGUCAGAAACUGACUCCAUGAAGGUGGUAUGAGGCCCUGAUGGCCACAGGCGUGGGUUGGUCUUAGCCCCGUACUGUGCAGAACAUUUGGCAUUUGCCAGAGAACAAGAAUGGCAAGUUGUCCGCUGGCAUCCUGUGAUCCUCACAGAUUAAAGCAGGUUCACACUGAGCACGUGACAGACGUAACAGAUUCUGGAGACGUGGCAGAGAACGUUCUGCUGCCUGCAACAUGAUAAAUGAUCUGUACUUGUAUAGCGCCUUUCAGAGUCAGAGGACUCCACAAUGCUUUACACUACAAUGUAUUGUUCAUCCAGGCACACACUGAUGGUGAUGAGCUACAAUGUAGCCACAGCUGCCCCGAGGUAACACUGAGGCAUGACUGGUUUGGCAGUGGGUCAGUAAUGGUGUGAGGGGGCAUUUCCUUUGGGUGCUGCAUAGCCCUUCAUGUGCUCACUAACAGUAGCCUGACUGCCAUUAGACCCCUUGUGAGACCACAUGCUGGUGCAGUUGGCCCUGGGUUCCUCCUAAUGCAAGACAAUACUAGACCUCAUGUGGCUGGAGCGUGUCAGCAGUUCCUUCAAGACAAAGGCACUGAUGCUAUGACCCGUCCUUUCUCCAGUCCUGAAUCCAAGUGAGCACAUCUGGGACAUCAUGUCUCGCUUCAUCCACCAAUGUCCAUUGCACCACAGACUAUCCAGGAGUUGGUUGAUGUUUUAGUCCAGGUCUGGGAGGAGAUCCUUCAGGAGACCAUCCACCUCCUCAUCAGGAGCAUGUCUGGGUGUUGUAGGGGGGUCACACAGGCACGUGGAGAUCACACACACACACAACUGAGCCUCAGGUUGACUUGUUUUAAGGACUUUGCAUCAAGGCUGGAUCAGCAUGUAGUGAGUUUAACACUUUAAUUGUGAGUGUGACUCCAAAUCCAGACCUCCAUGGAUUUGAUUUCCAUUGAUGCUUUUUGUGUGAUUUUUGGUGUCCGCACAUUCAACUAUAUGUAUAUGUGUUUGUUUGUGUGUGUGUGUGUGUGUAUGUGUGUGUAAUAAAAUAGAUAUUAAAAAAAUGCAUAAUAAAAAAGAAAACUACUGUAAUACCAGUCUUUUUACAUAUUUGACACAAGUAUUAGAUAAAUGCAAAACAAUCACAUUUUUAGAAUUGUUCAGCCUACAAAUAAAUGUAUAAAUAAAAUAAUUAAGAAAAAAAGACAGCUUUUAGGGUGUUAACCCUCAUUUACAAACUUCUCUUUCACUCGUCUAUCUGGGCUUCCCCCGUAUCCAACGCAGAGCGUCUUUAAAGGCAACCUAUGCAUACUUCAUUUUGCAUGACACGUAAAAGUCGAGUAAGCUAGAACUUAAGAGACCAGCUGGUGUUUUCCAACUUUGACAGGAACCAGUCACAAGGAGCUGCCGGUCACAAGCUGGAGCGAGCUGCCCAUCAUCGAGCGAGUGGGGCUCAGCAGGUAACCGCAUCAAAAUUAAGAUUUUAUCUGGAUUUCUAAUAAAACCUAAACUAUGUUUUCUGACAGUGUGGAAAUGUCAGAAAAGGACUUGGAGGUAAGAUUUGGAAACUUUGAAAUUGACUUUAAAACAUGCAAGAUCACUUUUAUUUUUCUGGAAAUGAAGUAACUGUUGGUGGCGUCAGACAGCGUUCUCUCAGCUCUCCCUGGCUUUCCGCUGUGAUCAGCACACGCUGAAGCAGAGGCUGCAGGCGGAGGAGCACGCCAGGAACCUGGCUGAGGAGAACAUCCAGCUGGAGCUGAGCAGAGGCAGGGAGACUCUGGAGGUGGAACAUCACAGCUGGAGCCAAAGUGCGUCACUUGUGAGACAUCGGAGCUCUGAGGUUUUAAAGUUUAUGUUUCUUGUAGACGCUGAAGGGUCUGUGUUUAGACCGUAAACGCAGCAGCAUCCUGCAAAAACUGGAGCUGUCUCUGGACAUCCUCAGUGGGACGGUGCGACGGAUCUCCAACACAGCAGAGGUGCUCGGUGCUGUUCAUCAGGAGGCUCGGGUUAGUUGGGCGGUGGAGCUGAUGGUGGCUCAUGUGGAGAUUCUUAGGAGACAUCAUGACAGACAUGAGGCAGAGCUGAAAGAAACCAAAAAGAUGUUGCUGCAGCAGCAGAAGAACUUCUGCAGGAGCAGGACCUUCACAGAUUCAGAAGGGGACAGGAGGAAGAAAGACUCCAAUCAAAGCAUUUUACGCCGACGGAUCAGCGCUUCCAUCAUUCCCAGCCAGACUCAGGUGAGGUUGUUUCCUCUGAAUUCUUCUACUUCCUCUCCACCAAAGUCAGCAUCACUUCCUUCCUCGCAGGAGAAGAAAAAACGAGACUCAAGGAAGAGGAUCUCCUCCAGCAAGAAGCUGUCCCCCCAGUGCCUGUCUCCAUCCCCGAGCUUGGACUCCAGCUGCUCCAUGGACGACAGACAACAAGACCCAGAUGGACCUGCAGAACCUCAGCUGGAACCAUCUCGUAACCCUGAGACCCUCCCAUCAGAGCAAGUGACCCCCAUAAAGACACAAACCAAAAAAUGUGGACGGCCGUGGAAGCUGCAUCCUCUGACCCCGAGGUCAUACCGAUGCCAGUGGGUGCGAACCUGCAGCCAGCUGUUGGCGCUCCUCUGUGUCGUCACGCUGAUGUGCUACUUGUGGAGACUUUAUGACGGCGAGCUUGAGCUAUGAUCUGUCUUUUCUGCAAACUAUUGUGUCUCUUUGUUUAAUAAAAAUAAAAAUAAAGAUGUUUUUUAUCACAUUUUGUCUGAAAUACUUAAGAACUAAAAUUCUCUUUAUUAAACAAAUGUAAGCUUUAAAUGUUUAUU